AUGGAGAUUGGCGAACUCAACACCACCCGCGUACAGGGCCAGAAUGGAGUCAACGCUGAAGAGGCUCAUAUCCCUACACCUUUCUCAGGGACAAAAGUAGCAGAAAAGCAUGCUGUUGAUGACACUAUCCAGCAAGAGGAGGAAGAUGUUCCUUCAAACCUGUACCCUUUCCCCGAAUUGCCUGGCGCAGUCGAUGAAGGAACUGCCCUCACUAUUCGCGCCAUUCUCAUUGGAUGUUGUUUGGGAGCUGUCGUCAGUGCAUCCAACAUCUACCUCGGUCUCAAAACAGGUUGGACCUUCGGUGCAUCUCUGUUUGGAUCCAUUCUUGGCUUCUGUAUUCUCAAACCCCUGUCUCGAAUCUCAUCACCCUACCUUGGCGGGGGUUAUUUCGGUCCCAAAGAAAACUUGACAGUUCAAACUGCAGCCACUGCUAGUGGUGGAUUGGGCAUCAUCUUUGUUGGUGCCGUUCCAGCGAUGUAUCAGAUGGGCUUGUUGAGCGCCGACCCAAAGAACGACAUCGGCAAGCUCAUUACUUUUUCUGCUUGUACAGCCUACUACGGCUUGUUUUUCGCCAUCGCUCUGCGCAAGUUCUACAUCUUGAAACUGAAACUCAUCUUCCCCUCGCCCACCGCUGUCGCUUACGUUAUUCGCGCCUUGCACGCCGGUGGUGCUGAGGCGGAGGCCAACGCCAAGCUUCAAGGUCGUUCUCUUGCCAUCUCCUUCACUGGAGCUGCUUUGUGGCGCGUCAUUUCGCAGUAUGCACCCGGUAUCACUUGGGACUUCCACCCAGCUUGGUGGAUUGCUUCUACUACGUCCGCCAAGUCCCUCAUGGCAGUCGAGUCUUGGUCAUGGUAUUUCGAGCUCACUCCCGCUUUCAUUGGUGCCGGCAUCUUGAGUGGAGUGAAUGCUUCCCUUUCCUUCUUUGGUGGUUCAGUCUUCGCUUGGGGCAUUAUCGGUCCAUGCAUUGUCAAGUACCAGUACGCAUUUGGCAAGCCUAUUGGCGGAGAUGAAUAUCCACUCUGGGUCAACUACAAUUCUCUCUCCCUCAAAGACCCCAUCAACAAGCCCUCUCCACGUUACUGGAUGCUCUGGCCUGGUGUGUUCAUCAUGCUGUGUGCUUCGUUCGCUGAGGUGGCCAUGCACGGUCCUGUCCUUUUCCGUGGUCUGAAGAACGCUUUCUGGGACAGUCUUGCUGCUGUGCCCCAGACUCGCGCCUUCUCCGAGAAGCACACCGAGGGUCAGAUUCGCGAAGUGUCCGACGACCCAAGGCCCAAGUCUGAGCAGGUUCCCUGGUGGGCCUGGUCUGGCGGUGUAAUCCUCGCCGUCGUCUUCUCCUGCAUUGUCCUGGCUCUUCAGUACGACGUCAGCCCCGGAAUCACGAUUUUGUCUGUUAUCCUGGCUUUCAUCUUCUCUUUCAUCGCUGCUCAGUCGUCUGGAGCUACCGACAUCAACCCUGUCUCAACUUGCGCCAAGGCUUCCCAGCUUGUGCUCGGUGGUGUGACUCAAGGUCAGGGCCUUCACGGCUUCAAGGCCGAGACCAUCAACAUGAUUGGUGGCAUUGUUUCUGGUGGUGCAGCUGCCCAGUCGGUCGACAUGCUGGGUGACUUGCGAACGGGUUACCUCCUCUCUGGAUCUCCCCUCACUCAGUUCAUCGCUCAGGUGUUUGGCUCUCUUUGCUCAGUGUUCCUGUGCUGUGGAUUCUUCAUCCUCUUCUCGACUGCUUACCCUUGCAUCAUCAACGUUGAGCUCGCAGACACAUGCUCUUUCGCUGCACCCUCCGUCGCAGCAUGGCGCGCUGUCGCCUUGGCUGUGACUGCAACUCAAUUCCCUGUUCCAAAGGGCUCAGGCAUCUGCGCCCUGGUCAUCGGAAUUUUCGCGGUUGGUCUCACAGUUGCCAAGUACACUGUGAUUCCCGAGCGUCGUCGUCACCUCGUGCCCAACAUGAACGCUGUUGGUCUGGCCUUCACCCUUCCCCAGACAUACUACUCGACCGCCAUGGCUGUUGGUGCCAUUGCCUCAUACAUCUGGUUGAAGAGGUCUGCAAAGACAUGGAAUAUCUACGCAUACUCGAUCGCAGCUGGUUUGGCUGCCGGCGAGGGUAUCGGUGGAGUCGUCAAUGCUCUUUUCCAGGUCAUUGGCAUUGCAGGUGAAGAAGGCCGUGCCACGAGCGUUGGAUGCCCGGGCAACGAGUACUGUGGUUAA